AUGUCCGACAAGGCCCAGGAACGCAUCGACGCCAUCGGCAAGCAACUUCUCCCGCCCAUCACCAAGGUUGCUCCCGGGUCCAGCGCUCCACGCGUCCAGAACAAGGUCGUCAUCAUCACAGGCGCCAACUCGCCGCUGGGCAUUGGCCGUGCGACGGCCCACCAGUAUGCGGAGAGCGGCGCUCGAGCACUCUAUCUAUGUGAUUAUGAUGGCUCGAACCUGGAUGCCCACAAGGAGGAGCUAGCUGCAGCCUUCCCUGACGUUGAGGUUCAUACUCGGCGCUUUGAUGCUGCGGAUGAGCCGAGUGUCAAGGCGGUCGUCGAUGAAGCCCUCGCUCAAUAUGGACGGCUCGAUGUCUUCUUCGCCAACGCUGGCGUGGUCGGCAAGUCUGUUAUCUUCUCGCAGUUCGAGAGCGAGGAAUUCAUGUCGGUCCUCAAGACUAACACACUCAGUGUGUUCCUUGCAGCAAAGUACGCAGCACCAGCCAUGAUGAAGACGUCUACCGAGAAGCCCCAACCCUGCGGCAGCAUCAUUGGCACGGCGUCCGUCGCCGGGAUCCGCUCCAACGCCGGCUCGACCCCCUACUCGGCGUCCAAGGCCGCCGUGGUUUCGCUGGCACAGACCAUUUCCUACCAGCUCGCGGGCACGGGCGUGCGAGUCAACGCCAUCUGCCCGGGGCUCAUCGAGACGGGCAUGACGGCCCCCAUGUACGAUGCUGCUCGCGCCCGCGGGACGGAGCAGAGGAUCGGGCAGCUUAAUCCCCUUAAGCGCGGCGGCCGCGCAGACGAGAUUGCACGGGUUGCGCUGUUCCUGGGAAGUGACGAAAGCAGCUAUGUUAACGGGCAGGCCUGGGCCGUGGACGGGGGUUUAAGCGCUGGCCAUCCCUUUGUGCCUGGCAAGCUGGGCUAG